AUGACUGCUGAUGGUGAAGACCCCCAUAAUGAACAUUUCGACCAAAGUUCGUUCAAGGAGUACUGGUUUAAAUACAAUGCUGUUCUUUUGCUCGCAACUUCCCCUGCUUUGGACCAUGACCGAGACUGGCAGCAGGACGUCUUGGGCACGUACUACAUCAAACCAAACUACAUCGGACACUGCGGACAUAUUUGCAAUGCAGGCUUCCUUGUACCCAUCACGAAACGGAAUGCAGGCUAUGGAAAAGUGCUGGCCAAGUCUUAUCCUCACUUCGCUUCGAGACUCAAAUACCGGAGCAGCGUCUUUAACCUAGUGUUUGAAUCUAACGUGGCGAGUACGCGCUUAUGGGACCAACUUGGCUACAAACGUGCUGGCAGAAUUGAGGAUGCCAUUGUCAUUAAGGGCGAAUCCACAGCUGCCAUCGUCUAUCAGGGCAACUUUCUCGAUGGCUCUGUUGCGACAACAUUCAAUGGCUGA